AUGAGUGAGGUCAGCAAGAGCUCUCUGGAGAAAAUCCUUCCACAGCUGAAAUGCCAUUUCACGUGGAAAUUACUUAAGGAAGACGGUGUCCCCCAUGAUCUAGAAGAUAGAGUAUGUAACCAGAUUGAAUUUUUAAGCACCGAGUUCAAAGCUACCAUGUACAACUUGCUGGCCUACAUAAAGCACCUAGAUGGCCAGCACAAGGAGGCGCUGGAAUGCUUGCGGCAGGCUGAAGAGUUAAUCCAGCAGCAGCACCCUGACCAAGCAGAAAUCCGGAGUCUGGUCACCUGGGGCAACUACGCCUGGGUCUACUAUCACAUGGACCGACUCUCGGAAGCUCAGGUGUACGUAGACAAGGUGAGACAAGUGUGUGAGAAGUUUUCGAAUCCUUACAGCAUUGAGUGUCCUGAGCUCGACUCUGAGGAAGGGUGGACCCUGCUGCAGUGUGGGGCAAAGCAGAAUGAAAGGGUGAAGGUGUAUUUUGAGAAGGCUCUGGAAGAGAAACCCAACAACCCAGAAUUCUCUACCGGGCUGGCCAUCGCGAUGUACCGUCUGGACGAUAAGCCACCGAAGCAGUUCUGUGUCAGUGUUCUGAGGCAGGCCAUUGAGCUCAACCCCGACAAUCAGUACCUCAAAGUUCUCUUGGGCCUGAAAUUGCAAAAGAUAUAUAAAGAAGCGGAAGGGGAGCCGUUGAUAGAAGAGGCCCUGGAGAAAGCUCCUGGCCAAACAGAUAUCCUCCGCAUUGCAGCCAAAUUUUACCUAAGAAGAGGUGAUCUAGACAAAGCAAUUGAGCUGUUUCAAAAGGCGUUGAAAUCCUUGCCCAAUGAUCCCCACAUCUAUCGCCAGUUAGCAUUCUGCUAUCGGGCAAAAGAGAAACAAAUUCAGGGCGCAGAGGACUCCGAAGCCGGUGGGAAUAGAGAGAAGAUGGAAGAACUACGGAAAUCUGCUAUGGACUAUUCAAAGAAAGCUAUUGAGAAGGGACUGGAUCCUCUGUAUGUAUACUCUGAUAUCACUGAGCUGGACACAGAAGAAUGUUAUCAGACAGCUUUUACCAAGGUGGAGAGAAAACAACUGCCUCAUGGCUAUUCCAACUUUCAGGAGCAAAAUGGGCAAUCUGAAGACACUCCUGUCCCGAAACAUUUAAGCACAAAAUCUACUGCGAACGGAGCUGAAAGUCAGCUUCCACGGAAUUCCUGGUAUCUCCAAGGACUCACUCACAAGCUGAAUGGAGAGCUGCUGCAAGCAGCGGAAUGUUUUGAGAAGGAACUGGGCCACCUCCUGAGGAACAGCCCUUCUGGCAUAAGCAGCCAUUUCCUGCCAGCAGAGGAACUUGCAGAAGGCGGAGAAGAAGUGGGCCAGGGUGCAGACAGCUCCACUCCCAGCAAGCUCUCUGAUCCCUUAGCUGACACAGAGGAGUGA